AUGCGCGCCCUGCGCGGCCUGCACUUGCUGCGCUCCGGUGGCGGAGUGCCGGAGUUGCGAGGCGCGGCCAGGCGCGGAAUGGCGCAGGUGCCGGACUUCGCACGGGGCUGGCCCCACCCCUCGCUGCUGGGGGGCCAACUGCCAAAGAUGCUGGCGGAGAGCUUCCAGCAAGGCCUACCCUACGCGGAGGAGACUUUGAACUACGGGUCCCCCUACGGCCACCCCAAGUUCCUGGAGAGCCUUGCAGGCUUCCUGUCGCAGCAGUACGGGGCGCCAGUGGCGCCAGAGACGCUGCUUGCCACUUCUGGGGCCUCAAUGGGCGCAGAUCUCUGCAUCCGAGCUCACGCGAAGGCAGGUGACAUUUGCGUCUUCGAGGAGCCCACCUACUACCACGCACAUUCCUUUGCCCGUGACCAAGGCAUGGAGCUGAAGGGUGUCCUGAUGCAGGAGGACGGCUUGGAUCUCAAAGAGCUGGAGGAGCUGUGUGUGUCCACAGGCAGGGUGCGCGUUGUGUACACCAUCCCGAUCCAUCAGAAUCCCACAGGCGUGACCACCUCGGAGGCGAAGCGGCAGGGUCUGGUGGCCCUAGCGCGACGCCACGGGUUCCUGGUGGUGGCGGAUGAGGCGUACCAGAUGCUCAACUUCGAGCCCAGCCAGGUGAAGCCGCUCUUCUACCACGACGACCCGGCGGAGCCGCGGGUCUUGUCCAUCGGCACAUUCUCCAAGCUCAUAGGCCCCGGCCUCAAGGUGGGCUGGGUCCAAGCGCACCGGCAGCUGCUGCAGCCCCUGACCAAGGUGGGCUAUUUUGCCAGCGGUGGCAACACGGUGACCUUUAGCUCCAUGGCUCUGAAGCACUUCAUGGACUCGGGCCAACUGUCGCAGCACCUGGCCUUCCUCUGCUCCGAGCUGGGCGCGCGCUGCCGCCUCCUCUGCACGCGCCUCCGGGAGCUCCGGGUGGAGGUCCAGGAGCCGAAGGGCGGCUACUUUGUGUGGGUGAAGGGCGAUGGCACGCGCAUUGGCAGAGGCCCUCUGUGA